UUUCAUUAAACAAACAAUUAAUUAAUAUACACAUUCAAAUCCAACUCGUAACACCCUCCCUUUCAUUCAGGUACAAAUUCAUCAAUAAUAUAUAUUGGAUCGUCUGUCAUGGCUGAUGACUUUGAUAGAAGUAAAAGAAUGAAAGUUGAUGAGAAUCAUUAUAAUAAGGUGAUCAAAGGGACAUUGGUUUUGAUGAACAAGAACAACCACUUGAUCUCAAGCAUAGGUGAUGAGUUUUUUGGAAGGAAAGUUUCACUUCAGCUCAUCAGUGCCACUAUUCUUGAUUCUGAAUCCACUACUGCUAAGGGAUUGAGGGGAAAGCUAGGAAAAGAGACAAAUUUGAAGAACUGGACGAGUACAGUGAUCACUCCUUCAACAAAAGGUGAUUCGACUUUUGAAGUGGAGUUUGAAGUGGAUGAUGAAAUUGGGAUUCCAGGGGCAUUCCUGAUCACCAACAGGCACCACACAGAGUUCUACCUUAAGACCCUCACAUUAGAAAAUGUUCCAAAUUAUGGUCGUGUUCAUUUCAUCUGCAACUCUUGGGUCUACCCGGACGUGCGUUAUGACAAGAAGUAUCGUGUUUUCUUCUUUAAUCAGACUUAUCUUCCAUGGAAGACACCAGAUGGGUUACGCCGUUACAGGGAGGAAGAGUUAGAGGAGCUAAGAGGAAAUGGAAUAGGAAAGUGUGAAGAAUGGCACAGGGUGUAUGACUAUGAUGUCUACAAUGACUUGAGCGAGCCACACAAGGGACCUGAACAUGUCCGGCCUAUUUUUGGAGGAUCUACUGACCACCCAUAUCCUCGUAGGUGUAGGACAGGCAGACCUCCAACGAAGACAGAUCCCAAUAUGGAAAGCAGGAUCUCAAUUUUGAAUAGCUUAGAGAUCUAUGUCCCCAAGGAUGAAAGAUUUAGUCAGCUGAAGAUGGAAGAUGUUUAUGCGUAUGGGAUAAAAUUAGUAAACCAAGGAUUACUACCUGGUUUUAAGUCUGUAAUUGACAAAAUUUCAGAUGAGGUAGUUGGGACACUUGAAAAUGUUCUGCAUCAUAAGUUUGAGAGUAUUUCAAGCAAUAAAUUUAAUGAGUUUUCUUCAUUUGAAGAAGUACUUCAACUCUAUAAAGGAGUGCUUAAAAUACCUAAAUCCAAUUUCUUAGAAAGCAUCAGGGAGAAAAUUCCAAAUGAAUUCUUCCGGGAACUUUUACGUUCUGAUGGGGAACCCUUUUCGAAAUUCCCUCUCCCCCAAGUAAUCGAAGUGGAUGAGUCUGCAUGGAUGACAGAUGAAGAAUUUGCAAGAGAACUUUUGGCAGGAAUUUGUCCUGUUGUGAUCCGACAGCUUCAGGAAUUCCCUCCAAGUAGCAAAUUAGACCCGGCAAAAUUUGGAAACCAAAACAGUAAAAUAACUGAGGAUCACAUAAAGGAUCAGUUGGAUGAUUUUACUGUAUUAGAGGCAAUCAACAACAACAAGCUAUUUAUAUUAGAUCACCAUGAUCCAUUGAUGCCAUAUCUUAGAGGCAUAAAUGAAACUUCAACCAAGAUAUAUGCUACGCGGACCAUCCUCUACUUGCAAAAGAAUGGUACAUUGAAGCCUUUAGUAAUCGAAUUGAGUUUGCCACAUCCAGAUGGUGACCAAGCUGGAUUUAUCAGUACAGUACACACACCAGCAUCGGAAGGGGCAAAAGGGAGCAUUUGGCUUCUUGCGAAAGCUUAUGCUAAUGUAAACGACUCAGGCUACCAUCAACUCAUCACUCAUUGGUUGCAUACCCAUGCUUCAAUAGAGCCAUUCAUAAUCGCAACAAAUAGGCAGCUAAGCAUUCUUCAUCCAGUUCAUAAGCUUUUGCAUCCUCAUUUUCGUGACACGAUGAACAUUAACGCCUUAUCCCGCCAAACACUAAUCAAUGCUGGUGGACUUCUUGAGAAAACAGUUUUCCCCGACAAGUACUCCUUGGAAAUGUCAAGUAACAUGUACAAAAAGUGGGAUUUCACUAAACAGGCACUGCCUGCAGACCUAAUCGACAGAGGAAUGGCUGUGGAAGACUUGGACUCUCCAUAUGGGGUUCGUCUUCUUAUUGAAGAUUACCCUUUUGCGGUUGAUGGGCUUAAGAUAUGGUCUGCCAUAAAAAUGUGGGUUCAGAAUUAUAUUUUUGUCUACUAUAAGAAUGAUGAAGAAAUUCAGAAAGACAUUGAACUCAAAAGCUGGUGGGAAGAGGUCCGAAACAAGGGGCAUGGUGAUAAGAAGGAUCAGCCGUGGUGGCCCAAAAUGCACACACGGGAGGAUCUAAUAGAGUCGUGCACCAUCAUUGUAUGGGUGGCUUCUGCACUCCAUGCAGCCGUGAAUUUCGGGCAGUACCCUUAUGCAGGGUACAUGCCUAACAGACCCUCAAUAACCCGAAGGCUAUUACCCAAACCAGGGACUGCAGAUUAUGAUGAACUGGAGAAAGAACCUGAAAAGGCAUUUUUGAAAACAGUGACUGCACAGCUUCAAAGUAUUCUUGGGAUAUCGUUGAUUGAGGUGUUGUCUAGGCAUUCUGCUGAUGAGGUGUAUCUAGGGGAAAGAGAUACACCUGAAUGGACCACGGAUAAAGAAGCGUUGGAAGCAUUUGCUAACUUUGGGGCGGAUUUGAGAAUGAUUGAAGGGAUGAUCGAGGAGAUGAAUCUGGAUAAAAGGUUGAAGAACAGGACUGGACCUGCUCAAAUGCCCUAUACUUUGUUGUGUCCUACCAGUGAAAUUGGUCUUACAGGUCGUGGUAUUCCGAACAGUGUCUCUAUAUGAAUGGGUUAUAGAUGUCUUUUAUGACUAGUAUUGCAUUCGGUUUGAUAGCACUUUUAUGUUUUCUUUCAAGUGUCGUGCAAGCAUUAUGUCAAUUUGUUUGCUGAAGGUUUAGGUGCAAAUCAUAUGUUUUCAAAAGGAAAAUGAUGUGGCAGCACAUAGUAUGUAAUAUUAUACAAUAAUAUAUAGUCUGAAUACGAGAUUGUAUUACCAUUA